UAUAUAGGUCAUAACCAUUCUACCAACUUCCAUAUCCAAAUUACUAAGCCUUUUAAGCUCUCUCUUUGCUGGAAUAUCUGCGUCAAAGGAAAUUACAAUUCCUUACCAAAUGGAGGAUCAAUUUUUCCUUUCCCUGUCUUUUAUUCUCCCAAUUUUAGUUACGGUUAUCCUCUUUUACAUAUUAAAAUCGAAAUCCCAAAAAGAUCUCAAUCUUCCUCCUGGUAGUUAUGGAUGGCCAAUCAUUGGAGAAACUCUUGGUUUCAUGAAUGAACCACAUGACAAAUGGAUUGGAGAUAGAAUGAAAAAAUACUCAUCAAAAAUCUUCAAGACCAAGUUACUCGGCGAACCAGUUGUUUUCCUCUGUGGAACAGCUGGUCACAAAUUCAUUGCUUCAAAUGAAUUGCAAAUGUUUCUGGCAUGGAGACCAAAAUCCCAGCAGAAAAUUUACCGAACCUCAGCAGAAGCAGAGUCUGCAACCCCCAUUCCUCGCCAAACCGAAACCCAAAUAGUCCGCGCACCGAAUUUCCUCAAACCAGAUGCUCUGGUUCAAUACGUUGGAACCAUGGAUACUCUGGUUCAGGAACAUUUGGAUAGAUACUGGGUUGGUAAACAAAUUGUUGAUGCUCACAAGCUUUCACUGCAUCUUUUACUAACUCUUGCUUGUCGAUUCCUCAUGGGUUAUCAAGACCAUGCUCGAAUCGAAAAGCUUUCGGAUUACAUGAACACCGUUAUGUUUGCUCUGGAUGUUAUUCCGUUGAAAAUCCCAGGAACCUGUUUCUAUAAGGGAUUGAAAGCAGCGGAGUCUGUGAGGAAAGAGAUUCGGGUGUUGAUCAAGGAGAAGAAAGCAGCCAUGGCUAGUGGAGUUGAGAUGCAGGAUAUAUUUUCGUUCAUGAUUAGUAGACCAGACCCAAGUACUGGGAAAUUCACGCCAGAGGAUGAUAUUGCUGAUAAAAUGAUGGGUUUGCUCUCUGCUGCAUUUAACUCACCCUGCAUCAAUAUCACUUUCAUUAUGAAGUUUCUUGCUGAGAGACCAGAGAUUUUACAGAAAGUUAGAGAUGAACAAUUUGAAGUAGCAAAAUCGAAAAAUCCUGGUGAGCCACUCAAUUGGGCAGAUAUCCAAAAGAUGAAAUAUUCAUGGAAUGUAGCACUAGAAGUAAUGAGGCAUAGACCACCAGUUCAAGGUUUCUUUAGAGAAGCUACUACAGAUUUCACUUAUGAAGGUUAUACAAUUCCAAAAGGAUGGAAGGUAUGCUGGUCAGUUAGCUCUACAAAUAUGGACCCAGAAUUAUUCCCAGAACCAGAAGUGUUUGAUCCAACGAGGUUUGACAGAGGAGCUCCACCACCUUAUUCCAAUGUCCCAUUCGGAAGUGGACCAAGAUCUUGUCCAGGAAAAGACUAUGCUCGCAUGCAAAUUCUCACUUUUCUACACCAUGUUGUGAGAAGGUUCAAUUGGGAUUUAAUCAAUCCUGAUUGCAAAGUUUUAGGAGGAAUGAAUCCAAUCCCAAUUGAUGGACUCCCUAUUCGCCUCCACAAGUACUAAUUAAACCCACUAUAUGUACCACAUCGAUGGUGUCAAUUGUUUUGUAAUAUCUUUGCCUUUAUCCCUUGGAAAUUCAUUUGUUUCUUCGUUUAACAUACCCCCUAGUUGGGUUAUGUCCGACUAGCUUUAUUUUAAAUAAGUCACUUGAAUACUCCUUGUAUAGGUGACAAACAUGUAUUUUCUUUGUGCAAUUAGUCUUUUUUAUCAUUUUUUAAUAUAAUUAAUAGUUGCAUAUUUGUAAUUUUGUUCAAAUGAAAAUUCCCUUUCGUUAUAA